UUUUCCCUGAACGCACAGUGCUCGGGGUUUGUCAAGACUUGUCCAUCGUGAGAGAGGUUUUCUCCUCAUUUACGACGCCCAUCAGAGUUUUCUGUUGGUAAAGUCACCGAUUACAAUAAAGAUGGACGGCACGACAGUUUCGAGGCAAAACAGCACCAUCAAGAGCAGAAACAAGGAGAAUGUUCAGCCUGUCCCAGUGGUGAAGUCUUUCAUUAAACAAAAUAUCUUAAAAGCUGCUCCUCCUCUCCGACCAAAUGGAAAUAAAAAAGAGCAUUUGGGGAAAACAGCUAAAGUGGCUCCAGGCAAACAAGUUGAGAGACGGCAGAUCAUUGGUGAGCGCUCCACGGGAAAGACAGCUACUCUGAAAAAUCCUACAACUGCAAGAAAGCCAACGCACAGCCAGGAAUUUAAAAAUGAACAAGCUGCAAAAAUCAAAAAGCUACUGGGAGAAGUGCCAAAAACAGCAACCUCUCAGCCUCAGAGACCUGCUCCUGGCAUGUACAAAGGCAAAAUCAUUGAGUCAAAGAUCGGAUCCAUUUGGAAGUCAAGUGUUACUGCUAAAAGUGAAGACCAGAGAUCAACUGCCCCCAAAUCAACAUACCAAAAAUCUGGAAAUCCAACCACAUCUGCAACAGGGCGUGGCUCAAAUACAUCAAGUUUGAACAGAUCUGUCAAACCCACCAUCAACAGUCGUCCCCCAAAUGCAUUCUCCUCAGCUCGCCCUCCAACCAGAAGUGUCCCAACCGCAGCACGCCCCAAAAAUGCUACAGUGGCUCAGAGCAGACGAUGUGGAACUUUGAUUGCGAAGCCAAAAGUUCCAGUUACAGACAAGAAAGAAAGCAAGCCUCCUGUCACAAGUACCAUUAGCCAAUACAGAAGAACUAAUGGUGAAACUGCAGAGGAGAAGAAGGCAAAACUUGCAGAAUGGCUUACAUUAAAGGGGAAGACUCUGAAAAGGCCAGCUAUGAUGUCUACAGCCCCCUCUACAAAAAACAAAAUAUCCAACAAAUCAGCUCCUCCCAAAUCCCAACUUACUACAAAAUCUAAUUCGGAACCUGAAGUUAAAGAGGAGCCCAAACCAGCCUCUGUUACACCUGCCGCCACCGUGGACAACCAGGAAGUGGUCAACACAAACAAAAGAACAUCCCUCAUCAUGAAUACCACCCUCGACCUGCUCGAUAACUCUGAUUUAGAUCUGCCAAUUGACCCACAGGAUGGCAGCAGUGAUGCAGUUGAUAAUAUUGUUGUAAACCUGUGUGAUGCCCUGGAAGCCUUAGCACCCCCCUCUCACUGUGACGAAGAGCUCCCAGUGGCGAAUGAGUGCAACGACAUGGACAAUGAAGCAAAAACAGAAUGUAGGCAAGAGGAAGUGAAGAUUGAAACGCCAGACAAAAAGAUGGUAAAGAGUGAAGACGGUGACAGCGAUGAAGAGUCUGAGGAAAGUGAUGAUGAUUGUUAUGUGAAGGAGAAUACACCACCGAUGGAGGAGGCUUCUGUUGUGAAAUACAAUGUAAAAACCACACCGUUUUUGCAAAGCGUUAAGAAGACAAUCGAAGAUGAAGUUUGUACCAGCACAUCCAAGAGAAAAAGUAACAUCAAAGACCUGAAGUUCCUGACCCCAGUGCGGCGCUCCAGUCGUAUUAACCGUCAGGCCUCUCGUCUGCCCACCAUGCUGGUCGACCACGAUCCCUGUGUCUCUUCACUGGCUGAGCUGGUGAACCUGGACGAUGAUGCCAAUGCGUACAUCUACAGAAAGAACCCUGCUCUUCUGGAGGACCUGCCUGACCAGCCCAAACUGUAGCUCAGGCUGAUGUGGGACUCAAAUACAGGACUUAAUGCUUACAGUGGAAAUGUGUACGUUUGACCUUGAAGAGGUUCUAUUGUUUUCUGAAUGUAUUUGCACACAAGGUUAUACUAAUUAUUUUUUUUUGGAGAUGUUAUAAGCUUUGUUACUAAUAUAUUAAUGAUUGCAAUUCAAAAUACACUAAAGUGCUUGACUAAUGUGUUGUUUGUUCUGCAGGUAAAGACUUAAUAAAAUUUGAAAAUUAAGCGUUUU